AUGAAGUUUUUUUUGAAAAUAGAUAUCUAUCUAUCUAUCUAUCUAUCUAUCUAUCUAUCUAUCUAUCUAUCUCAGUUUCUUCAUAUCUAUCUAUCUAUCUAUCUAUCUAUCUAUCUAUCUAUCUUACUCUGCUUGUUCAUAUCUAUCUAUCUAUCACGACGCAAACAGAAUCAUAUGUCCCACGCGGGCAGCUACACAGAACGACAUGACAAUGGCGACCUUUGGUUCAAAGCAGCCGUUAUCGCAGUGCCUAUAGCCGGGGCUUUCAUUCUUACACUCCUUGUACUCAUUGCAGUACGGAUGCUACGGACUGAUAACAAAAGACACCGACGCCUAGUGGUCACUCAACGCGAUCGCGGUUUGACCAAGGCUCAACUGUACGUGGCUGACCACUUCAGCGAGAAAUGUGAUCGCGUUACGACGUGUCCCUCCUUUGCGGAGAAAGCUGCCAGCUUGUACAAGGACGUUAACACAAAGAUGGACAGGGACGGUAAGAUAUACGAACGAGUCAACGAAAAAGAUAUACUCCAACAGCAUCAACAUCAGCAACAGCAACUUUCGCCUUCUGUGAUAGUCUGGGGUGAACAACCGAAACGAAAUUUUGCUACAGUCGUAUAG